UGUCACGCAUUUGAGUUUUGCGUGUGAGAUGGCGUCCAUGGAUGCUCCCUGCGCUCACGCGUUGGCGACAUUGAGUGCGAACUGUGCUCCGUUGGGUUUGGGCCAGAUUGACAAAAGCGCUGAGACGCGGCCGUGAUGGCUCGCAUGGUCGCCUGGUGUGGCUGCUCACCGUCGUAUGGGCAGCCAACCAGGGCGACCGGCUGGGAUUUGGUAACGGUGGGGGUCAGCCAGGGUCGGUAUCAGUUUCGCGAUAAGGAUAGAAGGAUGCCAACCUCCCACCACCAAAGCCCCAGUCCAGCAGAAGGCCCGCCAGUCCGGAUGCCGAUAAAGCCCAUCGAACGACUGUCCAGCGGUCUGAUGAAAAAGAUUUGGGGAACUCGAGGCUCGACCAGGGCCGCCCAGGGCCGCCCAGCAGCCGACGAGAUGCGGUUUCGUCUGGGGAAGCCGCCCCGAGAUGAAUGGGAUGGCAUGGGAUAGCACGGCAUGACGGCACGCCGUGAAUAACACAGCACUGUCGAGUUAGCCUCGGGGCGCGAGUGUGGGGUCUUGUUCAAAGUUCUACUGGAGCACCCUCUUGUGGCCGUCCGGCAACCAGCAGCCCGCAGCCAGCCCUCCG